UGCAAGCCCGAGGGGCAGAAUGAUUUGUAUGAUCUGCACUUCUUAGCGAGCGUGUUGGAUAAAGAUUUGGAGUCGACAAAUGUAUCGAGCCUGUACACGAUCACUCCAACACAGGAUAUCGAUUGUCCGGCAUAUAAAGCAACAAUCUAUCCAAAUAAUUUGACAGCAUUUCCAGUCAUUUAUAUGGAUUUUAAACCGAAACAGUUGCAACCGCUGCGCGUUUGGCAACCAAUUAAUACUUCAGUCUUUCAGACUCUUUACAGCCGGUACACAUGCUAA